AUGUCCGCGGGCGGAGACUUCGGGAAUCCGCUGAGGAAAUUCAAGCUGGUGUUCCUAGGGGAGCAGAGCGUUGGAAAGACAUCACUGAUUACCAGAUUCAUGUAUGACAGUUUCGACAAUACCUAUCAGGCAACAAUUGGCAUUGACUUUUUAUCAAAAACAAUGUACUUGGAGGAUCGAACAGUACGAUUGCAAUUAUGGGACACAGCAGGUCAAGAGCGGUUCAGGAGCUUGAUUCCUAGCUACAUUCGUGACUCCACUGUGGCAGUUGUUGUUUAUGAUAUCACAAAUGUUAACUCCUUCCAGCAAACUACAAAAUGGAUUGAUGAUGUCAGAACAGAAAGAGGAAGUGAUGUUAUCAUCAUGCUAGUAGGAAAUAAAACAGAUCUUGCUGACAAGAGGCAAGUGUCAAUUGAGGAAGGAGAGAGGAAAGCCAAAGAGCUGAAUGUUAUGUUUAUUGAAACUAGUGCAAAAGCAGGAUACAAUGUAAAGCAGCUCUUCCGACGUGUUGCAGCAGCUCUACCUGGAAUGGAAAGCACACAGGACAGAAGCAGAGAAGACAUGAUUGACAUAAAACUGGAAAAGCCUCAGGAGCAGCCAGUCAGUGAAGGAGGCUGUUCCUGCUAA